UGUGUGGCUACUAUUGUGAAGUUGAGACUCGGGCCGGACCAUUUACGGUUUGAGAACUUACUCGUAUUUUUGGAUAAUUAAUGUGCUCUUGGACAUUAUAUCUGCAAAGGAAUACACUUAAAUGAUGCCAGAGAUAGUGAGGUAGAGGUUCCAUUUGAUGGUGUUAAGUUCACCAGUGUAGCCAUGGCAAUCAAGAUGGCGCACAUUCAUCCAGCCAUUUUGCUGGUCUUCACCGUCUUCUUUGCCAUCGUACGGACAACCAAUGCGCAGGAGGCAACGUCCCCUCACAAUUUUCACUUCACAAAGCCCGUCUACGAUGCCAGCAUUCCUGAAAAUGCGCCAGUCAGGACAUACAUCCUUACAGAACCAAAGACAGGCAUCUAUGUUCCCCUUGAUUCUGCCAUUACUGGUGUGAAGUAUACUAUUGAAAGCGAAACCAGGCUCUUCAGGGCAGCAGAUGAAAGAGUUGGUGACUUUUAUUUUCUCAGAAUUCGCACUGUCCCGUGUAAGAGCAAAGAUGACUCCUGCUCAAGCGUUAUCAACAGGGAGCAGAAAUCAGAAUAUCGACUGCAGGUAAAAGCUGUUGGUCGCAUGCCCGGCCAGGCUUCACUUGUUGCUUACACGGAUAUGAUCGUUACAGUUACUGAUGUCAAUGACCAACGGCCGUUAUUUUUGGAGUCUGAAUAUUCAGUCAAUGUUGCCGAGGAUAUUCCAAUACAGAGCAGCAUUACAACCGUGGAAGCCACUGAUGCAGAUUCGGGAACAAAUGGCGAGGUGUACUACAGCUUCAAGAAGCCGACAGACCAGUUUGCCAUUCAUCCAACAAGUGGGGUGGUAACUCUCACAAGACAACUUGAUUACAAGGUGGUGCAGAUCUACCGUCUCGUCAUCAUUGCCAGGGAUAGAGGGAUGAUGCCAUACAACAUGGCGUCUCCCUUUGAGACAACCUUAUGGAUACAUGUUCAAGAGGUGAACAAGCAUGCACCGCUGAUGACCAUUCAGACACAAUCACAACUGUCUAAAAACAGUGAUAUUGGCACCAUUUUUGCCAGCAUCACUGUCAGCGAUGAUGACGAUGGAACCAAUGGGCAGGUGAACAAUGUCCGCAUAGUUGAGGGAGACCCCGAUGGGUAUUUUGCAGUCGCUAACGAAGGAGGCAGCUUUCACAUCAAGACACAAGGUCUCUUCAAGCAGGCAUCGCCCGGUCAUUUCAAUCUGACGGUCGUAGCAUCUGAUCAAGGAAGCCCGCCAAAGACAACAACCCAGAUCAUCCCAGUUGAGAUAUCAGGAUCGUACAGUCAUGCGAUGUUCUUCCGGAGUCCACUGAUGAACACCUCCGUCUCCGAAUUUGUCCCAAUCAACACCCCACUCAUAAGCGUAACGCCUGAAAAGAUGGACCAGAGCAUCGCAGUUAGCUAUGUCCUGGCUGACAGCAAGUCUCCUGUUUUCAUUAUCAACGAGCACACAGGGUUCAUUACUUUGAAUCAGGAGCUAGAUCGGGAAACCAAGAGUGUGUACAACAUUACAGUCUUUGCUAACGUACAGGAGAGCCAAGCUGUUGCCUAUGUUGUGGUGUAUGUAUUGGAUGCCAACGACAAUGCUCCAUUGUUUGACCAGGACAUGUAUGAGGUUGACCUUCAGGAGAAUAUGCCCAUCAACUACCCCGUUAUGCAAUUAACUGCUCGGGAUGCGGAUAUAGGCGAAAAUGGCUUCAUUUCUUACAGCUUGGCCAACAUGAAUCCAGUUCCGUUUACGAUUGACCACAUGACGGGUUUCAUCAACACGAGUAAGAUUUUGGAUUUCGAGACGAUGAGGCGAGAAUACAGACUGCGUGUCAGGGCUUCAGAUUGGGGGUUUCCGUAUCGCCGUGAAUCUGAAAUUGUUGUGACUAUCCAUCUCAAGAAUAUCAACGAUAAUCGACCGCAGUUUGAGAAGAUAGACUGUGUUGGGACAAUAUCUCGCACCCUGCCUGCCGGCCAAUUCAUCGAUGUGAUUUCUGCCAUUGAUUUUGAUGGAGAUGAGAGAGUAUUAAGCAUUGUUUCAGGCAACCCUGGUGAUCUGUUCGAAUUGCACCCCUCCUCUGGUAACCUUACUCUCAGGAGGCGCAUCGAAGAUACAGAUGGACAGUUUUAUAGUCUUCGUAUCAGGGCUAGCGACGGACAGGGUUCCAAUAGUUAUAUGUUCACCAACAUCAGCAUCAACAACAAUCGCAACGUCAAGUCUGGCGGACACAUGAGAGAUUCCAAGGUGCGGUGCAAGUCCACAACUGCUCUGGAAGAUAUAAAAGAUCUUCUCCGCCGUAAGAUAGAGGAUGACCGCCUCUCUGAGUCGAUCCCAGACGUUGAUUUCUCUGAGCUGUACAACGCCAACCACCACCAGCCUCAAUUUGACGUUGACUUUCCAUCAAUUAUCUCCGUCACGGAAGAUGCGGCAGUUGGAAGUGAAGUUGUUCAGGUUUUGGCAUCAGACAGCGAUCCAGGAUUCAAUGGUAAAAUUAUAUACGCCAUCUCUGCUGGGAAUACUGGUUCUCAUUUUAGAAUUAAUUAUGAGACUGGUUUGCUGGAAAUUCUGAGACCACUCGACCGGGAGCAGUUUUCAAACUACGAACUAACAAUCAAAGUAUCUGAUCUGGGACAACCAAGGAACACGGAGAAACAUCACAUCACUAUCAAUGUUGAGGAUGUUAACGAUAAUGCUCCAGAGUUUGAUCAGAUGGAAUACAGCGCCGAACUAUCAGAGGACACUGAAACAGGCACAGUGUUUCUUGCUGUUCAUGCUAGCGAUCGGGACAUUGGCCGCAACAUGGACGUUCGUUACAGUAUUGUGAGUGACUCCCCAAAUUUCGCCAUCAACAGCGGUACCGGUGAGCUGCGUGUCACCAAACCCCUCGAUCGCGAAACGAUUGCCGUUCACGAGAUCAGAGUCCAAGCCAGCGACAUGUCUCCUGAUAACCCAUUGUUUAGCAUUGCAGUAGUGAGGGUCGCCGUUCUGGACAUUAAUGACAAUCCACCGCAAUGCAUGCGCCAGAUUUACAGCGUCAAUAUGCGAGAGGACCUUCCGAUCGGCACAGUCCUGAUGACCGUUCAGGCUGUUGACCCAGACUUCGGCCCAAAUGGUCUGGUCACCUUUAGUAUUGAAGACGAUAUUGCCAGCAUAUUCAGUAUUGACCGAGACUACGGAACGAUGCGUCUGAUCUCAGACUUAGACUUUGAAUCCAAACAGACGUACGAUAUCUUGAUCAACCUCCAGGACCAAGGCUCUCCAGCCAACAGUUCUCAGUGUCACGUCUUCGUUCAGGUUAUAGAUGUUAACGAGAACAGACACCACCCAGCCUUUAGGAACUUUUACGCUAAGGGAUCUGUACUGGAGAAUGCAACAAUCGGAUCUUCUGUUAUGACAGUGACUACAGUGGACUUUGAUACAGGCAUGGAUGGAUUUGUGACUUACUCAAUCCGGGAUGGUACUGGGCUUGGAUGGUUUACUAUUGAUGACAGAGGAACGAUCCGCACAUCUGAGCACCUUGACCGGGAGAGCAUCCCGUAUUUCUGGCUGACUGUCUACGCCCAGGACCACGGAGCAGUCCCUCUCCACUCCAUCAUCGAGGUCUUCGUCGACGUCGAGGACGUCAACGACAACAGUCCGCAAGCAACCAAGGCCAUCUUUGAAGCCUACAUCCCAGAGAACUCACCGGCGCUGGAAGAAGUAAUUCGUGUCGAGGCAACGGAUCCGGACGAGACGUCCAGCCAGGCACUGACUUACGAGAUCACAGCCGGGAAUCCGCAGUUUGCAAUCAACAGCUACACAGGUAUGAUCACAACAACAGACACUGCGUUGGAUAGGGAGGAAAAAGACACCCAUGUGCUGCAGGUCACGAUUCAUGAUAAUGGAUACCCGUCGCGGAGCGCCACCACGUACGUCAUGGUCCACAUCGAAGACGAGAACGACAAUGCGCCGGUCUUCAACGAGAAGACGUACGCCAGCAUCAACAUUCCCGCCCGGGAUCGCACCGAUCAUCGGGAGAUCAUCUACCGAGCCGUGGCGAAGGAUGAUGAUAUUGGACGGAAUGCUGAGCUGAGCUACAUUAUCCUAGAAGGGAACGAAGCGGGGAAGUUUGAUAUCGAACCUACCACCGGUAUCGUUACUACAAGCAAGCUGUUACCUGAGGGAGAACAGUUCAAUCUAGUACUUGAGGUUCUGGACAACGGACGACCCACCCAGCAACGAGCGCGCUUUAGACUGGUCAUCCUGAUCAAGAGAGCCAUCAAGCCGUCUCCUAACCCUCCAGAAAUCUUUGACGCUUGGGACGGUAGCGUAUCCGAGAAUGACGAAGUAGGAACGUUUGUAACUAACGUCUUUGCCUUCGAUAUUGAUGAUGAUGAUGUAUGGUAUAGCAUCAAAGAUGGGGAUGAGUAUAAGGAUUUCUUCAUGAGACCAUCCGAUGGUGUCAUCAUCAUUGCCUCCAAGCUCGAUGCGGAGAAGAAGAAUUCAUACGAUCUGACAAUUGGUGUAACGGAUGGCUAUAAUGAGCUUGAAACACACAUCCUGGUAACGGUCCUCAAUGCUAACGAUAAUCCACCCCUCCUCGAGCAACUGGAGUACACCGUAAACAUCUACGAGAACACCACCGUUGACUCCGAGAUCCUCGUCGUCAAAGCCACCGAUCUCGACGAGGGAGACCGCAUCACGUACUCCAUUGACAGUGCCUCCAGCGAGUCCAGCCUAUCAAAAUUCAACAUCCAAUCACGGUCUGGUAUCCUGACUACCACAGCGCCUCUCGAUCACGAGAUGCAGAAGGUGCACAUCCUGACGAUUCAAGUCAAAGACCACACGUUCGUGACGCACCGAAACUACACGCGGGUCAUUAUUAACAUUUUGGAUUCUAACGACCACGCGCCGGAGUUUGGAGCGAAUGAGUACGAGGGGAAUGUGUUUGAGACGGCGGCCGUUGGAACCAGAGUCACUGAGGUGUAUGCGUUUGAUAGAGACCAAGGCACUAAUGCUCAGAUCACUUACUCAAUUGUAUCAGUUACCAGGCAAGACAGACCAGAAGGAAACAUUGGAGAAGCUUUCAACAUCGAUCCCGUGCUGGGUACCAUCACAGUUGGCAGGGAGCUCAACAGAAAAGAGAAAGCCAACUACUUCCUUCAUAUCCAGGCCAGCGACCACGGUCUCCCGAUCCUCAGCAGUCUAACCACCGUCACUAUAUCCGUCACCCUCUCCAACAAUGCCCCACCGAGGUUCACCGAUGACGAAUACAUGGUGGAGCUCAUGGAGAAUCAGAUGCCGAAUGAGUUUGUCCUGGAGGUGGCCGCUAUAAGUCGGUCGUCGGUCUACUACCAGAUUCUGAGAGGAAAUGAUUUGGAUCAUUUUGACGUGAACGCCAACACCGGUGUGGUCACCACUGAGGUCUCAUUGGACUAUGAGGAGAUGAUGUUCUAUAAUUUGACCUUGGAGGCGACUAACUUGGUGGGGCUACACAGCACCACUCAGGUCUUGGUGCACGUGCGCGAUGUCAAUGACAACAUGCCACGCUUUAUCUCGUCAAGCUACGAGGGCAGCAUAACAGAGUCGGCACCGUUGUCUAGCGUCGUUCUAGAUCUGAAUAAUCAGCCACUGGUCAUUGCAGCUCUGGAUGCAGACUCGGACCACAACGCCCAGCUGGUCUACGAGAUCAUGGAACCAGAUGCUCAGCGAUACUUUGUGAUCGAUCAGAACACUGGGGCCAUCCGCACCAGGAAGAUCCUUGAUCAUGAAGACAUCCCUACAUUCGAGUUCCGAGUUCAAGUGAGGGAUUCCGGAGUUCCUGUUCUCUUCGCAGCGAGUCCCGCCCACGUCACCAUCAAUAUCAUCGACAUAAACGACUCGCCUCCUGAGUUCGUUCAAGACACCUUCAGGGCAGAGAUCCUUCUCCCAACCUUCAAGGGGGUGACGGUCCUGACGGUAAAAGCUGUUGACUUGGACACGGUUAGCAUCUCACAUCUUGAGUAUUCCAUCAUUAAGGGUAACCAGGGCAAGGAGUUUGCCAUUGAUGGGACGACUGGUGUGGUGACGGUCAACGAUGGGUCGGAUAUUCAAGGAAGAUAUGAAAUUGGUGUCAGGGUGACUGAUGGACUCUACUAUGGCCACGCAGAGGUCGUAAUCAGAGCAAAACCUCGUAGUUCUUCCGAGCUGCGUUUUGCCUCUGAUGACAUCUACGCCGUCAUCCAAGAGAAUGACACCGUAGUCCGUGACAUCGCUUUCUUGAAUGUCUUGGGCAACGGGCUGAACGAGCCCCUCAGGUAUUCCAUCCUGAAUCCGAACGGCAAGUUCCACAUCCGACCAACGUCUGGCGUCUUCAGGAACACUGGAGUGCCUUUCGAUCGAGAGGAGCAAGACCAGUAUGAUAUCGUCGUUGAGGUCAAUGACAUGCGUGACCCUCCUCGUAUGGCCCAUGUGAUAGUCCAUGUGGAGAUUCUAGACGUCAACGAUAACGUGCCUGUCUUCGUUCAUCAUCUCUUCAAUGCCAUCGUUCAAGUGGAUGCCAAUAUAGGCGAAGUCGUUCGACAGGUGACGGCAGUGGACAGGGACAAGGGUCUGAAUGGUGAAGUGAAGUACACCCUGGUGGAGGGAGGUUCUGGCCACUUUGAUGUCGACAGCAGCACGGGUACCAUCGUGGUCAGACGACCACUCGGUGCCAACUCUCAAAACAAGAACUUUACUCUGAAGAUCAAAGCCAGCGAUAAAGGCCAACCACGCCGCAGUGCCGUCGUUGACGUCCCCAUAACGGUCCAGAACAAGGCCAUGCCGGUCUUCCAGGAGCAGUACUACCACUCCUCAAUCCCAGAGAAUAUCCAACUCCACUCUGCCGUUAUUCAGAUCCAAGCAGUCAGUCCCCAAGGAAGGGAUGUCAUUUAUAGUAUCAGCACUGGGGAUGAAUAUAAGCAGUUUGACAUCAAUCCAGACACUGGUGUGGUCAAUGUGGUUGGACUCCUUGACUUUGAGAGUCAGCAGGUCUACAAACUCACCGUGCAGGCCAGCGACACACUCACCGGAGCCUUUGCCAAUGUCAUGCUCGACAUUACCAUUUUAGACAUCAACGACAUCGCUCCGAGCUUCCAGCAGAAGGUGUACCAUACCACCCUCUCAGAGGUCGUGUCCGUUGGGUCCACCGUUGCGAGGGUCACUGCUUUUGAUUUAGACUCGCCAGCCAACAGCAGGAUUGAAUAUCGGAUCGCGACGGAAGGCAAGAUCGCCAGCUUCUUCCACUUGGAUCCCGAGAGCGGGUUGAUUCUCACCUCCCAAGUCUUGGAUUACGAGAGAUUCCCGCAUCACGAUUUCAUCAUCGUGGCGUCCGACUCCGGCGUGCCGAUGCUGAGCAGCGAGACACGCAUCAGUAUCGACGUCGUCGAUAUGAACGACAACCCACCACAGUUUAGCCAGUCGAGAUACGAGUGCGUCGUUAGUGAGCUUGCUGUAAGAGGAGGUUUUGUGAUGGCGGUCUCGGCAACAGAUCCUGAUAUAUCGGAUUCUGGCAAACUGAUGUACUCCAUUGUGUCUGGAAAUGAUAAAAUGGCUUUUGCUAUCAACCCCAAAACAGGUGUGAUCAGCCUCUCCAACACCCACAACCCUGAGCUUGCCUCUCACUACACCCUCAACAUCUCCGUCUCCGACCUCGUCUUCACAAGCUCCGCCCAAGUGGAGAUCAGCCUCGCCCAUACCAAUCACCACACCCCAGAGUUCAGUCGGGAAGAGUACAACAUUGAGUUCCCUGAGAACGAGACGGCGGGUGGGGUCGUCUUUCAGGUCGUGGCUGUCGAUGCGGACGAGGGGGUUAACGGGGAGGUGACAUACGCCAUCAUCGGGCAGGAGGCGCGACAGAGAUUUGAAAUUGAUAGUGAUUCAGGUGAGAUUCGAACCAAGGUAUCGCUGGAUCAAGAGAAGCCCAAGGAGCGUGCCAUCAGCAUCCCCAUCAUGGCCUCUGACCCCGGUGGCAAGACCAGCUUCACUAAGGUCAACGUCAUCCUGAAGGACAAGAACGAUAACCAGCCUAGGUUUGAACGACAACAGUACGAGGCAUUCAUUUCUUCUGAUUUGGAGAUCGGAACCGAGAUCAUUAGUGUGUCGGCCAAUGAUGCAGAUCUUGGUAGUAACAGUCUCCUAACGUACUACUUUGACAACGGCACGGCAGACAGCAUCAUCGAUCAGUUUGAGAUCAACACUCAGACUGGACUCUUAUCUAGCAGACAGUCACUGCAGGGCAAAGAGGGAACUCUAUUCCAGUUCUUCAUGAAAGCAACUGACAGUGGCACCCCUCCUCUUGUCGGCCGUGUUCCCGUCAGCAUCUACCUCCUCACCUCCCAUGACGUCCCUCCAAUCUUCGAAAGCCAAGAACAGCAGAGUUUCGAGCUUCCAGAGAAUCAUGCCAUUGGUGAGAUCAUCACCACCUUGAGAGCUCGCAGCAACCAGACCCUGACAUACAGCUUAGUCCCAGGCACCGAUCUCCUCACCAACAACCCGGUCAAGUUCAGCAUCAGCCACGACGGCGGGGUGCUAUCCGUCUCCAGCCAGUUGGACUACGACACCUGCAAGUGGUACAAGCUCAUCGUCAAAGCGGAAACGGAAGAGAUUCCAAAGCUUGCCUCCUUCAUUGAGGUCACCGUCUCCGUUGUCGACAUCAAUGACAACCCUCCCGUCUUUGACGACACUCUCUACGAAAUCCGCCUCCCAGAGAACAUCCCCAUUAAUUCGGACAUCCUGCAGGUGCACGCAACGGAUAUCGACUCGGCUGCAUUCGGAAAAAUCAUCUACAACCUUGCCCCAUCUGAAGAAGAUGAAGAGUUUGAAGCCAUGGAAAUGUUCACCAUCGACAGCGAGACUGGAAUCAUCCAGACGAUUGCGGCGCUUGAUCGUGAGAUGUUCUCCAGUUACAUCAUGCUAGUAGUGGCCACAGACGAUGUCGAAGGACAGGUGCAGCACACGGCUGAAGCCACCAUCCACAUCGUUGUGAUGGACUUCAACGACUCACCGCCUCGUUUCACCCACCCGACCUACUCCGGUCAGAUCCUAGAAUCUGACCCCAUCGGGACGGUGGUGACGUCCGUCUUCUCCACCGACGCAGACCUCGGUUCUAACGCCGACUUGGUGCACUACAUCACAGACGGGGAUUAUUUUGGUCACUUUGCAAUCGAUAAUAACUCCGGUAAGAUCUUUGUGUCUAAGGAGCUUGAUCGUGAGCUUAAAGAGCUCUACUACCUCAACGUCACCGUGACGGACGGAGCCUUCAUGGAUUCCACAAUGGUCUCUAUAACAGUUCAAGAUGUGAAUGACAAUCCACCAAUCUGUGCACAGACCGUCUACUCCGAUGAUGUAAGUGAAAGCCUCCCUGAAGGUACUGACAUCUUAGAAGUCAUGGCAACGGAUGAAGAUGCAGGAGACAAUGGGGUCAUUGUCUUCUCAUUGAGUGGAGAUGAUGCAGCGCUAUUUGCUAUCAAUGAAAAUACAGGACUUAUCAGCUCGGCCGGGACCCUCGACUACGAGACCCAGCCCUUGCAUCAUUUUGAGGUCAUCGCAUCGGACGGCAUCUUCUCCUGUGUGUCUCAGAUCUUCAUCGGUCUUCUGGAUGAGAACGACAAUGCUCCCGUAUUCUCUUCUAGCGUUUACAACGAGAGUGUCAGCGAGAACACAACACUGAACACUCUGCUGACCAGAAUCCAAGCUGUGGAUCCAGAUACUGGCAUCAAUCGUCAGUUCACCUACUCCAUUGAUACCUCUGAGAUAAAAAGCUUCACCAUCGACCGUUCCUCCGGUAUCAUCACCCUCCGCCAAAUCCUGGAUCGAGAGAACCGUAGCAGCUACAACCUGACUCUCCAAGCCAUGGAUACCAACAAUCCUUCCCUGGUGUCCAACGCUGUCUUGGUCGUCAACGUCCUGGAUGAGAAUGACAAUGAGCCUCAGUUUGAGCAUGAUCUCUACAACGUUACGCUGUCAGAGGACGUACCCGUCGGUACGACCGUGGUGGCUGUGGAAGCGUUGACUAAAGACGUCGGUGUCAAUGCACUGAUUACGUAUCAGAUCAUUAGUGGCAAUGAGCAUGGCAAAUUCAGUGUGGAUCAGUUUACAGGUAAAGUCAUGUUGGUGACUGAGCUUGACUAUGAGAUGUCUAGUAGUUACUACUUGACCGUCAAGGCUUCAGACAGCGGCCUUAGACCACUAUCGGACACAACCAUGGUCAGUGUGUACAUCAACGACGCCAACGAUAACGUGCCUCAGUUCAGUCAGAUCAUCUACUAUAGUGAGAUCAAUGAGGCUGCUCAGGUAGAAGACAGCAUCGUGCAAGUUCUUGCGACAGACUUUGAUAGUGGAGCCUACGGUGAGGUGACCUACUCCAUCCUCCGUGGAGACCUCUUUGAUCAGUUCAUCAUCAAUGAGAAGAACGGACUCGUCAGCGUGGCUGCAGAACUGGACAGGGAGCAGAUCUCUUCCUACUCAUUGAUUGUCCGUGCCAGCGAUGGAGGGGAGCCGUCACAGUUUAAUGAUGUCUCCGUUCAAGUCUCAGUUGCCGAUAUCAAUGACAAUGCUCCAAGGUUUCAACGCUCCAACUACUCUUUCGUCAAAAGGGAGGAUACCGCCGAAAACUCUCAUCUGAUUCAACUGAACGUGACGGACCCUGACACCCUCGUCAAUGGCCCACCGUUUACCUUCUCUAUUGCUCAAGGCAACGAGGAGAAUGACUUCAGUAUCGAUGCUGACGGGUUCAUCACAAACCUCCUCCCCUUCAAUCUAGAAAUGAAAGACAAGUACCAACUGACUGUUCAAGUGACGGAUAACGGCAAACCUCCGCUGUCGGCGCUGACGUACGUGACAAUUCAGAUUGUUGAGCCGACUAACGUUCCCAUCGUGCAGUCUCCGUUACGGAUCACCAUCAACUCUCACGAGGAUGACUUCCCAGGCGGGGUUAUCGGAUGGGUUCAUGCGGAAGACGCAGACCCGUCAGACGUCUUGGUCUACGAGUUAAUCAACAACAUGGGGAACGUCUUCAGAGUGGAUCAAGACAACGGGAGGAUCCUAGCUCAGCCUGAUCUAGACGUAGGCUUCUACCAGCUGAACAUCAGCGUCAGCGAUGGGCAGUUUACUACCUACUGCGACGUCCAAGUAACUGUCAACCCCGUGUCGACGGAGAUGCUCGAUAACAGCGUUACCAUCCGCUUCAGGGAACUCGCUCCGGAGAAAUUCUUAUCGUUCUUCUUCAAUACCUUCAAGCAGACCAUUAGUAACAUCCUGCGUUCUGGUGGAUCAGCUGACGUAACCAUCAUCAGCAUCCAGCAGUCAGAAGCAGUACCCACCGACACUGAAGUGUUGUUUGCCGUUCAGAAGUCUGACCGACGAGGAAUCGCGUACUACAAACCAAAGUCCCUUGAGCGUCAGAUCAACACCAGUGCGUCCAGUCUGGAAGAUCGGAUGCUUGUCACUGUCCAAGCCAUCGUUGCGGAUAUAUGCCCGGAGAAUGCUUGUGAUAAACAAAGGCGUUGUGUGACGCAGGUUACCUUUGAUCAGUCUAGUGUUACUACCCUCGACGCGGAGACUGUUGGCUUUGUGUCUGCCCGGCAUAGCAGGGCGCCAGUCUGUGUCUGCAAAGAAAAGGAGGAGGGAUGCGUCGAUGGCCCCACCCCACUACCAGGCCAACCUGAUACAGGUACAGACCACUGUGCCAGUAGUCCUUGCCAGUCCUUUAUGAACUGCGUUCAGGAUCGAGAUGGCUACAGUUGUGUGUGUGCUGAUAAUAGUCUUACAUGCGGAGGAGGUGAUGCAAGUCUCCGCCCAAUGAGCUUCAAUGGUAAUAGCUUUGUGCAGUAUGACCUACUUGAUAUCUCCAGCCUGUCUGUACGCGUCGCUGUAGCCGUCCACACAACGGAAGCCAAUGGUGUGAUUAUGUACGGUGAAGGAGACGACUAUAGUGCAUUAGAGGUUUCAGAUGGAUAUGUUCAGUACACAUUUGACUGCGGAAGUGGCCCGGCCAACAUUCGCCUGACUACAAAGCGUGUCGAUGACGGUGACUGGCACGAGGUGUCCGUCAGCCAUCAGGGAAAUGUUGCCACUGUGACCCUCGACCGUUCCUCCUCGGCCACCGGGAGUGCAGCUGGAGACAAACGUGCCCUCAAUCUCAACAAGAUGGUAUUUGGUGCGAGGGUGACGGACGGAAUGCGUGUCCGACGUGAAACGGUUUCUGAUGGCUUUGUUGGAUGCAUGGGUGAUAUGAACGUUGAUGGCGUCAGGUUGGAGCGAUCUGGAGAUGGUAUCUCUCCGAGUAGCAUCGGAGAGUGUCCGUCUAAGGUACUCAAAGCUUGCUCAAGCAAUCCAUGCCAGCAUGAAGGUACUUGCUUGGAUUAUGGCUACAGCUACGUCUGCGAUUGCCGGCCCGGAUGGAACGGCAACCGAUGUGAGUACCCCUUCACCCCGUGUUAUCCAGACCCUUGCGCCAACGGUGGUACCUGCUACAGCACCGGCAACGACUUUCAAUGUGACUGCCAGGAGCCAAACACGGGGAAGACCUGUAACGAGGUUCUGUGCCCAGAUGAGGUCUGCCGGAAUGGAGGCGUCUGCUCAGCGAGCACCAAGACCUGUAACUGCUCAGGGACGGGUUAUGGCAGCACAUACUGCGGAUUGGAGCUAACACUCUGCAGUCAAAACCCAUGUAGGUACGGGGAGCACUGCGAGCAGCUUGCAGAGUCCUACAAAUGCUGUAGUCUCUCCUCCAUGGAUGAGGUAUGCCGCAGCUUGGACCUAGAGAGCAUCCCGAACAUGACAGCCGGUCCAUUCUCAAUCGGCAUGAUGGAGAUCAUCGGUAUCGUCGUGGCAGUAGUGAUCGCAAUCUUCCUCGUACUGAUCUUCGCGCUCUUCAUGCGACGCCGUCGUAAGAGAUAUCAAUCACGUAAUCUUAAUCUGGAUAGUUCUCGCUACCCGAUGGAGAAACGUGACAGUAAAGGUUCAGAUUAUGACUAUCAUCAUCCACCGAGUCCACCAAGCCCACGGCCGCCACCACUGCCUGACAGACCUGCUUCAUACACUCCUAGCAAUCACAAUUCACUCAACAAUCUGGACUCAGACAGAUAUGGGUAUGAUGACGCUCAGCCUUACCACGGUCAGCCCAUCAGCCAGCAGCCAUCAUUACCCCCUCUGCCUUCCAACUCGGCAUCGGACAGCGACUCCAUUGCUAAGCCAGCCUGGGAGUUUGAUGCUCCUAGUGCCCAUGAGAGCUACGUUGAUGGUCGUGACAGUGCCAAGAAUGUCCCUAUCAACGCCCACCACCCCCUGCAGCAUUCCCAUCCCUGCAUCCUACCUCCUGCACGCCAUGGCCACAUGCCCCUGGAACCCCCAGCUUAUGAUCAGUACAACAUGGCUGAGGUUACCUCUAUGAGCUCCAUCAAUACGGAGAAUGAAGACGAUGCUUUGCCCGCCAAUAAGGUUGUGCCAAUUACAGCUGAUGAGGUCAAUAAAUCGGCCUUAGUGGGAAAGCCUCCGUCUCCAUCGACCCCGUCGUCAAACCAAAGCGACUCCGACACGAGUCAAGACACUGUGAUAUCAUUUGAAAAGGGGCAGUCGCCCAUUAAGCCCUCAGAGAAACCUCGAUCCCCGUCAAAAAUAUCCCCAGUGGCUCCCGUAAAAUCCAUCUCGGAUGGUUCCCCGACCGAGCCGAGAAAGGAGAACUGUCAAGCACUCAAGAACGCCGCCCCAAUCAUACAGAAGUCCCCCAGCCCAAAGUCGCCCAAGAAGUACGCCCCAAAGUCUCCAAUCCUGAAGAAGCGCCCGUCUAGUACCAGCCCUGUUCUUGAAACGGAUAUUGAUGCCCCGAUAGCCACCCCAAAAAGCGUCCGCUUCAACAUGGAGCCCGAAAUCAGUAGCUUUGAAGUGGAUAGCUCACAAUCAGACACCCAGACGGAUUCCGACACCGAACGAUCCUAUGCCGACAUGAUCGGACUGAAAAUAGAGCGUCGCAGCGACGGUGGAUCUGUGGUUUCAGAUCCAUCGAACCGCAACUCUGACUGCGAGAUCGGCUUCAACAACGUCCCUCCCUUAGACUUCUUAGAGACUCAGAAAGCCCUCGGGGUGGAAGGCCCCGUCCAGAUUCUCGCCGACGUUAGUUGUCAAACGGUGGACGAUACCAACGAGUCAUCAACGUCACCCUCCUUCUUGGAAAUGGAAACCCCUCUGGAGACCAUGACGGAGUUCCACGACACUCAUCAGACAGUUUACAUCACUCAGAACCCAGAGGAAGAUGAUGAAGAGGGAAAGAAGAAGGCUUACCAAUGGGACAACAGUGAUUGGUUGCCUUCAGAGCCCCUUAGCAACAUCCCGGAAAUGCAAUACGAGACGCCAGAGUCGCCCACCAACACUAACCUCUCAAACGACGACAUCGAAGACGAGUUUGUCGGGGAGGACACCGACUACCCAGCGGAGAACGAAGACAUGCCGUACCCGCGAGCACUUCGGGAUUUCCGUCAGCAAUUAGAGAACUAUCCACCCGUGGACGACACCCCGUACGUUGGGUUGACGUCGCACUAUCAACAACACCCAAACUCGUACUUGCCCAAACACAGCAUCAGUAACUCCACACUGCCACAGCCCGAUAUGGAGUACGAUGACGAGAUCACAGACGGGUUACCCUACCCUCAGAAGGGGCAGUUCCCACCCAGAGGGGCUGCCGCCGCCGUCAACGACUUGAACUUUGACUUUGAAGGAGCUAUCGCCAACAUGGAUAACAUGUCGAUGUCGGUGUAUACAGACACCAACGCUUCGUGUUCGGACAUCUCAGGAGAGUGUGAUCCAGACAGCGAGAUGGCACUGAGUGAGUACGACAGCGCUGAUGGUGCCGACGAUGAAGAAGAGAGAGACGGAGAUCUUAACGCUCAGUUGAAGAACCUUCAUACAGACGUGUGAUCAUCUUAUCUUAAAUACUUCAUUCACUGGUGCUGGAAAGACAUUCAUCACACUGUGGAAAUAAACACAUUGGUUGGUGAUAUGCCAUUGACAAUGUUUUUCCCAAUUUACAUGUUCAGUACUGAAAAAAUCCAUUUCUCAAUACUUGUUUCCUGAUCAUUAGUUUUUGCCCGGGUGGGAGAUAAAACUGCUAAGCAAUAUUUACCUGCUCAGUGACUCUACAGAAUACAGCCAAGGGCACAAUUUUUCAAAGCCUGUAAGCACAAAAACAUGCUAUGUACUGAGAAUUCAGGUUAAUAGCCAAAAUUCCAUAAAGUUUCAUUGUUGCCACUGAUUCCCAACUCAUUUUUUUUUUUUUUUUUAGCUCAGCGAAGAAAUUUGGUAAGCAGUAUUUUCUGCUAAACGGCUCUAUGAAAUAAUUGGGCCUUGGACGAGAGUGGUAUGGGGUUCUGGUACAGUGUGAUGAGUGUCUGGUUUUGGGAGAAAUCCUAGUUUUUAUCUCCAUCAAGUAACGCUUGUAGAUGCUUAAAAUAUUCUGUAUAUAUUGAAUGAUGGAAGAAGAAAUCAUCGGAUGUUGUUCGAUUCAUUUGUCUGUGAUGUCGUUGCUGGCUGGGUCUAAACAAGUAUAAAUCGUACUCUGCACUUAAUGUGGUUUUAUGAUGCGUUCCAGUAAAACGGAUUAUAAUACAAUUUGUUCAAGAAUGGAUUGUGUUCACCUUGAAAGAAGGAAUAUAUUCACAGGUUUACUUAAUCAUCAACAGUUUAAAAACAAAUUGGUUACUUGUUCAUGUUGCAAAACUAAUUACCGACAGCGCUAAUCUUGUAACAUCGAGUGAUAUGAAAUUAAUAUUUUUUAAAUACACACAUUUUCAGGAGAACUUUUUAAAGAUUAAAUGUUUAAAAAAUCGGCAAAUCAGUCUUGAGUCACUGCCAUUAAAAAGUGUAUGUGUUCUCCACUUGGUUGUUUUGUUUGAAUUUCCCUACAAUUCUGAAAUUAAGGCUUUUGGCCUUAAAAUGAUGAGGGCUUUGGCCCAGAAUGGUGUAAGCUGUUUAAAAAGGUAUGAGUGACUUGUGCUCGUCCGAAACAGUCCAUACUUCUUCUUGACGUGUCUAUAUUUUGAGUACUCAAUUAUUGGAAAAAAUAUACACAGUAAUAUGCAGCGAACUUAUACCAAAGGUGAAGCAAGUUUGUAUUCUGAUAAAUGACCUGUAAAAAUGUUCUUCCCUAACUAGUGAGAGGGUUUUUCGUUUCUGUACUCAAGCAAGCCUUGUGAUUUGUCUGGAGUUAUUCCGUUUUCAGGAUUUUUCCUGUUUUUCGUGAUUUUUCUUGAUGAGCAAUCUUUCAGCUGGUUUGGAGAUGUUUGUUUCUGCAAACGGCGUAGGCUUCAGUUUGAUGUGUGAGAUGAAUUUUGUGCUACAUUUUACUAAUGUAAAUUGGCAAUAAUUCCUUGAAUUGCCACUUCGAGAAAAAUAAACAACUUAAUAGUAUCAACAGUAACAAUUCAAACAUCAAAAAACACCCAGUAAUGGUGGAUUGUUAUAAAUAAGGGAAGAUCUGUGAUGUAUUUCACUAAUUAUAAAAAAAGUCCUCAUCUAUGCAGUUACUCUGCAAAAAGUAUUCAUUGUAUGUACAUUAGUCCAUGUGGCUCUUGUACAGAUAAGGAAACACAGCAAGAAUCUACAAUAUCAUUGCACUAUACUUACUUCCUUUCCCUUUCACUCGAUAUUUUUUAAAUGUUUUGUAAAAACUAGCUCCUCUUUCAAAGUAUUCCCUUUUCGAUAAUACUCUUUAUAUGAAAAGUGAUUUUCCAUGUUGCAAUAAAAUUUAUGCGGAAACUAAUUCAUUUUGAUCUUUCAGGGGUGGGUGGGGCUUAAUCUCAGGAUAUGCAAAUAACAGUACUCUAUUAUUUCAACCAUUGACUAUUAAUGCUUUGAGCUUCCCCUCUUAUGAAUAUGCAAAUCAUAUAUGCGCAUGUUUAUGAAUUAUGUAAAUGAAUUAUAGUACACACCGAAUGCAUUACUUUGCUCAGUACUUGGCCAAUUAAUGCUUGCAACGUUAUCAGCAGAUGUUUUUUAUUCUAAUGCAAAUAAUGUUUUUAGCAAAUUCUGGACAAUAUGUGAGAAGUACAUGUAUCAUGUUGAUUGAAUACAUAUUCAUGAUAUUUUUUGUGCUUGUUAAAUAUCUCAGUGGAAAAUCCCCAAGGGGGAAUAAAUUGGGUUAAAACAUUUUAAAAGUAUCAAGGUUGUAUGUACAAAAUAUUCUCUUAUGAAUAUGCAAAUAAUAUGUUUAUGAACAAUGUGAAUGAGUCACAGUGAUUUAUAAGUCACACAGAAUGCAUCAAUGCUUGCAAUCUCGUGCAAAUAAUGUUUAGCAAUUACCUGGAAAAUCCCCAAGGAAAAAUAAAUUGUGUUAAAUCUUUUUAAAAGUUUCAAGGUUGUUUGUACAAAAUGGAGUCUCUAUAAAAGAAUUUAUAUAUAGGCUGUGUAUUGCUCAUAGUGACAAGUUGACAUUCUUUCAUGUGUAUAUACCGAUGUGGUUAUGUGUAAAGUGUAUGCUUAUGAAUAAUGCAAAAGUACAUAAUGAAUAAUUCAUGUCAUGAGAGACAGUUUCAUUGGUCAGUACACAAAUCAUUUGAGUAUGAUUUGAGAAGGGAUUUAUUCGUGUAAUUAAGGAAAAGAUUUCACUCUCCUAUUUUGAGCUUUAAGUAUACGGAUGGUUAAUCUUCAUUCAUAGCUUGCUAUUUUCAACUAUUUACAUUUUCUUAUGCAAAUAUUUUCCUGGCCUUAUGAAUAUUCAGUGUUGUAAUGAUUAUGACCAAUUUUAAUGUUCUGUCCACAUGGUUCCCAGUCAUGCCUUGAUAACAGCUUGUAUUCAAGAAUCAAAACCAUAUUUAAAUUACUGUAUUCAAUAUUCAUAAUAAUGGCUUACUACUUUUGGGAAAAUGUCUUCAAACAAAAUGGAAAGGUGGACCUUUUUAUCUCAAAAAUGCACACCAGAAGGAGGUAAUUCCAGAUGGUAUUCAAAAUGGUGGUUUUCUGGAAUAAAUUAAGAUUAAUCGGGAGGAAUCCUCUAAAAACUUCAACUUCAAGAAUGGAAAAAGGGAGGAAUGUAAAAUAUUUUAACCAAAACAAAAUUUACUUUCAGUUUUUUAAUAUACAUUUUUAUGUGCCUCUCUUAUUAUUUCUUUAAUCAACAAAUCAUUUAACACCUUUUUAAAAAGUAAAGCCAUUAUGAAUGUUAGUAUAUUCAACCCCCAGCUCCCCCCCCCCCAAAAAAAAAAAGAGAGGGGGCUUUUGUGAUAUGAAAACCAGCUUGAGUUAUUCUUUUAGCUAAGUAAGUUGUGCUGUUCUCCAAACCCCAAAAAAACCUGAAGUAUUCUAGAUUAAUAAAGUUUGUAGUUAUAUUCGGUUGUGUUGUUUUCUGUUGUUAAAGUUUUUUUUUAAUAGAAUGUUUCGAUGUGGGAAAGUGUUCGAGUUUGAAUUGAACAUUUUAAGUUUACGUUCUUACCGUUUUGUUGUUAAUAAGGAUUUCUACUCAUGAUUUGUCAUGAUUUGAAUGAUCACACCUCUACUCAAGUCAUUCUAAGGCUAAACCUGGGCAACUACUGAAAUUCACGCUCCGACUAGUCGCGCUUCAAUUAGUCGCGCCUUUGACACUUGUCACACUAGUUGCCAGGCCAAGUCACAAGCAUUUUACAGAAUUUACCCAUAAUGCUGAUGUGGAAUUAGUCUAGGUAGCAGAGAAGUUUGGCCCCAUUACAAAAAAGAAAAUCAGCCAUAGUUUAAUUUGUAACAAUUGUACACAGUGAAACAUAAUAAAUAUUUAUACCCUCAUCAACAUCACAACCGUACAGACACAAAGAAAUUCAUUAGUACUACAAAUCAAGCCAAACCUGAAGGUUUUUUUCUGAAAGAAAAUGAUUGUCUUUGUUUAAGUAACUAGUUGUGUUUUUUAUAGCAUUGAUGUCUUUCUACUUUGAUCUGAUGUCGAUUUAAAAUCAUCUGUAUGUAGUCAUUUUUGUAAAAGCUUUGGCAAUGCCAUUUUUUCCAUUUGUUAAGUUUACACCAGCACUUUAAGUAGUAUUUAUUUUUGUUUUCCUUAAAGAUAUUUAUCUCUUCUGUUGAAAUUAAUCUAAGCUUUACGUUAAUUGUAUACAAAACCAGCAAAGGUCUUGGAAUUCAUUUUGUAGAAAGAGAUUUAGAACUUUUGUCAAGUCCUCUUUUGAAUAUUGUUUGCAUAACACAAGUUGGACACAAUUAGUACUAUUUUUUCUUAGUACUCUGUAUAUUUGAUACCGUGUUUCUGGUGCUUAUUAUUUUGUUGUUUUUUUAUUAUCUUUAAAAUUUUGAAAUAUUUUCUGCUUCUUUUGAAAGUACUGUUGUUGAAGGAAAGAUAAGAAUUCUGUUGAAGAAUAAUCAAAUCAAAGUACAACAUUUAUAGAUUGUAAAAAAAAAAA